GGCUGAUGGAGGUGCCAUGUGUGUGUGUGUCCCCCCCCCUCAACCAGAACACGAUGACCGCGUGGGCGGGCGAAGCUUUUCGGGGCGCAGGAAGAAAGGCCGCGGCCCGUUCCGGGGGAAGAUGUACAGCGAGAUGAACCAUCGCUCCCGCAGCCGCGGCGGCCCCGGCCUUCGCGCCCGCCUGGAGGAAGAUGAUGGCGACGUCCCCAUGAGCGAGGCCCACGACGGGCCCCGCAACCGAUAUUUGCCCUACGGGCCGCGACCCAACCGCUCGACCAACAUCCACAUCACGGUGAGGAGAGACGUCCCCACCCCGGAGCGAAGCGGCGGCACCAGUCGCGAGGGGGGGCGGCGGAACUGGUUCAAGAUCACCAUCCCCUACGGAAAAAAAUACGACAAAUCCUGGCUCCUGAGCUCCAUCCAGAACCUUUGCAGCGUCCCCUUCACCCCCGUCGAGUUCCACUACGACCACAACCGGGCCCAGUUCUACGUGGAAGACGCCACCACCGCCAGCGCCCUCAAACAGGUCUCCCGCAAAAUCACCGACCGCGAUAAUUACAAAGUGGUGAUAAUUAUCAACUCCUCCGCCCCCCCACAGUCCCUCCAAAACGAGCUGAAACCCGAGGAGAUCGAGCAACUCAAGCUCUGCAUGAGCAAGAGAU